UUUUAACUAGUCAUGCCCUCCAUAUAAAAGUUAAAGAUUCAUAUUUGAAAAGCUAAAAUUAUGAAAAACCAAAAAAUUGAAAACACCAAAUUUGUUUCCUUCUUUCUUUUCACAAAAAUACUAAAAUUUCCCUCCUUCUUUCUCCUUCCAUACAUUAGAAAAAAUCAAUUUUCCCUCCUCUUUCUCUUCCAUAAAAUGGAAAGAACCAAAUUACCCUCUUCUUUCCUUCUACAAAAACUUGAAAAGUCAAAAGUUUCCCUCCUUAUUUCUCUUUCAUAAUCAAAAAAAUCAAAUUUUCCCACUUCUUUCUCUUCCCACAUAUCAAAACCACCAAAAUUCCCACUUGUUUCUUUUCUAAAAAUUCAAAGAACCAAAUUUCACUCUUCUUUCUCUUCCCAAAAACUUGAAUACACCAAAAUUUCCCUCUUCUUUUUAAAAACUUCAAAUUACCAAAUACAUUACUUUACUUUAUUUAUAUUUAAUUGAUAAUUUUAUUGAAUAGUUAAAUUAACCAAAAUUUUAAUUUAUAUAUUGUAUUAAUAUUGUCAUGAUAUCAAGUGACAUUCAUGUUUCAAUUUUUGUAAUUUUCUUAAAAUACGUAAUAUCAAGUGAGAUUCAUAUUUUUAAAAUUUCUUAUACGAAAUGAAAAAAUAAUUUUACUUAAGUUUAGAAUGAAAAACUUUAUUUUGAAAAACUAUGUAUUGUAUAUUUUUAUAAGUAUUCAAGUGGAUUAGAUGAAAUUCGGGUUGAGUCGGUCGGGUUACGGGUUAGUCGGGUUCGGGUCAAUCGGGUUCGGGUUAAUCGGGUUGCGGGUAAGUCGGGUUGCGGGUCAGUCGGGUUCAGGUUAAUCGGGUUGCGGGUUAGUCGGGUUGCGGGUUAGUUGGGUUGCGGGUCAAUCGGGUUGCGGGUCGGGCGGGUUACGGGUUGUUGACUUUUAGUCAAUUCGGGUUGCGGUCGAAUUGCGGGUCGGGUUGAUCCGGCGGGUUAAUCGGAUCGGGCUAUAUUUUUACACCUAUACUUGAGAUUUUGUAUAUGGAAGACAAACAUAAAACACAAAAAUGAAGAUAUAUAACCCCAAAUCUAUUUGUUAGCAUAGUAGUAGGAUAUUGUGGAAUAACGGUAAACAAAAUUUUAUAAGGAAAUGAAAACCACCCUUGGAUGCAACGCAAAAAAAAAAAAAAAAACAAACCUGGCCUAGAAGAAAUCAUUGCGUGCGGAGAACCCCACAUUUCGAUUACACAACACUACAAACUCCCAUUCCAAAACGCAAAAGAUUGGCCAUAAAAAACAAAACAAAAGGUCACGAUGACUCAGUAACGAAGACAAAACAGCAGACCUCACCACAGGGACGGUGGGGAAGCGACCUCUUUAUAACAACCCAUCGAGUGAGAGAAAGAAAUAGGAGGCUGUUCCAUUCAAACAAAGAAGCAGCAAUAAAUAAUAAAUCGCCUUAAAAAUGGGGUGGAGAAAUUAGAAAGGAAAAUAUAAAUUUAUUUAAAGCAAGUAGAAAGGGCAAAAAAUUAUUGGAAAAGCUGAAAUUAAUUCAAGUUUGAGAUCCGCGUUCUGUACAUCACGAAGAAAAGAAAAGGAAAAGGGCCAACCAAACAGCGCUCUCUAUCUAUCCAUCUAUCUCUCUGUUGAGGAAGGAGCGUAACACCGGGCGGAGUAACCGGAGCUUCCACAGCUCCACCAUGGUGGCGCGUAUGAUAAUAACUGUAUACCAGGUUUCCUAGGGCUGAAAUCUAUCUCCACCGCCCGUUCUACCCCGCUUUUAUGGGCCAGUCAAGUUCCACGGCUGCCGUCGUGAGCCGCCGGGACUCCAACCUCAGCCAUCGCUUCAAGUUUAAAUCGUCCUUCUCCUCCUCCUCGCCGAUUAAAGGCGGCGACGACUUCGUCGUCGAAGAUUUCAUGGUCGUCGAAGCGCCUGAUUACAUCUCAGAUCUGCCGGAUGAGUGCUUGGCCGUCAUUUUUCAAUCGCUAAGCUCCGCUGACAGGAAGAGGUCUUCCCUGGUCUGCCGCCGGUGGCUCAUGAUCGAAGGCCAGAGCCGCCACCGUCUCUCUCUCAACGCGGAGGCGGAUCUUCUUCACAGGGUACCGAAGCUGUUCACUCGCUUCGAUUCCGUCACCAAACUCGCCUUAAAAUGCGAGCGCAGAUCCACGAGCAUCGGCGACGAGGCCCUCGCGAUGAUCUCGCUCCGCUGCAGGAACCUCACGCGCCUCAAGCUCCGGUCGUGCCGCGAGAUCACCGACGCCGGGAUGGAAGCCUUCGCCAAGAACUGCAGGUCGUUGAAGAAGCUGUCCUGUGGAUCUUGCAACUUCGGCGCCAAAGGUAUGAACGCCAUCCUUAACAACUGUGCAUCUCUGGAAGAACUGUCCGUGAAGCGGCUCCGCGGAAUCACCGACGGAGCUGCGGCGGAGCCGAUUGGCCCCGGUUUGGCCGCGUCUUCCCUCAAAACGAUUUGCUUAAAGGAGCUAUACAACGGACAGUGUUUUGGUCCGCUUAUAAUCGGGUCAAAGAAUCUUAGAACCUUGAAGCUUUUCAGAUGCUCUGGGGAUUGGGAUAAGGUUCUGCGGGUGAUUCCCGAUCGGGUUUCCGGGUUGGUCGAGAUCCAUCUCGAGAGGCUGCAGGUUAGUGACGCUGGUCUGACGGCAUUAUCUACUUGCCUCAGUUUGGAAAUCCUGCACCUGGUUAAAACCCCAGAGUGCACGAAUUUCGGCUUGACAUUAGUUGCAGAGCAGUGCAAGCUCUUGAGGAAGCUUCACAUUGAUGGAUGGAAGGCCAACCAUAUCGGCGACGAUGGAUUGAUAGCAGUUGCUAAACACUGCCCUAACCUGCAAGAAUUGGUUCUCAUUGGAGUCAAUCCCACCAAGAUCAGUCUAGAAACCCUAGCUUCCAACUGCCAAAACCUAGAGCGACUGGCUUUGUGCGGGAGUGAUACUGUUGGUGAUGCAGAGAUCUCCUGCAUUGCAGCGAAAUGCGUGGCACUGAAGAAGCUCUGCAUCAAGAGUUGCCUUGUGUCCGACGAAGGGAUGAAAGCCCUUGCGACUGGGUGCCCCAACUUGGUGAAAGUGAAGGUGAAGAAGUGCAGAGGGGUGACCUGUGAUGGUGCAGAAUGGUUGAGAGCGAGUAGAGGAUCACUAGCGGUCAAUUUGGACAGCGGGGAAGUGGAGCUUCCAGAUGCAAAUGCUAGUGAUGGCGGUGGUGGUGGGGUACAGGAUAAUGGGGUUGAGUUUGCUCCUCAAGCAGGGCUGAAUCAAAUGCCGCCUGUAGCACCUUCGAUUGCUGGUGGAUCAAGGAGUACCGCGCGUUCAACUUCAUUCAAAGCGAGAUUAGGGCUAUUGAAUGGAAGGGGUAUAGUGGCAUGCACUUUGAGAAGAUGGUCUAGUGGCAAUGGCGGGUCUCAAAGCUAAUGCAAUGUCUCUUGAGACGGAAGUUUCAGAACAUCACGAGCAAGCGACUUAGUGAACUGUUGACAUGCUUGUGCUUUUUUUCUUUUCCUUCUCCUUUUUAAUAUAUGUUUUUCGUUUCGUAUCAUCUGAUUCUAUCCUAUCUUUUGGGUAUGUAAGCCGAAACUGGAAACUGUGUUGCUGUUUCAUUGUGUUCGUAAUUGAAUCUCGAUUUACUGUCAAACGAGAAGCGAUACAAAGCUAACAGCAAGCUUUCAACUUGUUUUAAGGGUUCUGUUUAUGAUUUUAUUUUACCCUAAUGAGUAUGUGGCAAGGCUCCCUGAGUGCUGUUAAUGACUUCUUCAUGUCCAUAAAUCAUCUGCUUGAAUUGGUCCGCAGUGAGACCCAAGAUGGAAGCGUAAGGGAGAAGUUUUGGCCAUGUGGGGGGAGCUUUGUAGAAAGGUGAAAAGUGGACAAAGAAAGAAAGUGGGGAUCUUCGUUUUCCUUCAGCUUUUGCCAGGUAAUGUAUUGUACAAGUAAGGCAGACCCUUGUUUAUGUGUUGAAGAGAAUAGUUCUCCAUUGAAUCUUCUUUUUUCCUAUUGUGGCACGGCGGAGCAAUUUGGCUUUGCUCUUGAAUUGGAUUUUAUGCAACGAUGUAUAAGCAAUUAGGCACAUGUUUAUGACUUCUCACUCGUUCGAUCGAGAAUUGGGUAACUGUGUUGCGUGCAGUAUGAUGGUAAAUUAGACUGCUAAGGGAGCAUAAACACGGUCUUCUGGCCUUUCGAAAGUGUCUGAAAACAGGAAAAGAUGGUUGUGUGGCAAAUGUGAGUGAUUCUGUUAGCAUUUUAGGCUCAACUUAUUAGAGUUAGGUAGACCUGCUGGGGAAUAGUUAUUGGUAAGCUGCCGUGUCGUCCAACAUCCUAUUGCUUUCAUUGAUCUUUAAAUUUGGGUUGCUCAAAUCGAAUCAAAUUCAACUGGGGCUUUUUAACCUCUUGUUAGGCAGAUUGCCCCUAUCAACAAGACCUGUUCAAAUUUAUUAAGAGGGGACUGCAACAAAAGAUUCAACAUUCA